UUAUUCUUUCUCGAAACAUUUUCUAUACACAUGUGUGUAUUAAUUUAUCUUAUAACAUUUUUAUUUGAUAAAUUUAAUUUAAACUUCAAUUAACUUUUUUCAAAAUGUCUGAUUUAUUUGGCAAUAAUGAUAAUUUUGAUAUGCCCUCAGAUGUUUCAGACAAAGCAAAAGUUGAAGAGAUUCAAAAAAUUAUAAUGAUGGAACAACAAAAGGCACAAUUAAAUGCUCAAAUUCAAGAAAUUAGUGAAAUUUGCUGGGAAAAAUGUGUUGAUAAACCAUCUGCAAAGUUAGGAGGAAAAGCUGAAAUAUGUAUUUCAAAUUGUGUUAAAAGAUUUUUUGAUACUUCUGUUGUUAUUGCAACUAGGUUCAAUCAAUUACUUCAGAGAUCAAAUUCUGGUUAAAUAAAUUUUUUUUUUUUAUUGCUUUCUUUAAAGUAGUACUUGGGUCUAUCAUCCAAAUGGUUUAUAAAAUAUUCAAUACUUAAGAAUAUUCUUUUUUAACUGUUGUAAUCAUUAGAAUUUAAUACAAUAUAAGAUAACUUUUAUGUAUUUGUA